CGUGUGUAAAAAAGGAGGUGUAGUACCUUCUAAAGAAGAAUAGCAAAGAUAAUAGAUUUUGUGUAACAAUUAAAAAAAUAGUUGUUAUAAUUAAAUAUCUAUUGUGUUUUAUUGUGUUACUAUAAAAAUGAUGAAGAUAUUUUAUUUACUUAUCAUGGGUUUUGUCUACAAUCUAGGCAUCUAUGCACAAGAAAAUGCUGUGCGUACUCUAUCACCUUCUCUUCGUGAAUGUUAUGAAAAUAAAUAUCUUUUAGAAAGGGAUAAUAGAUUACCUCAUACGUUAAACACAUUUAUUGCAAUACUGCAAAAAAUUGAAAAUUCAGAAGGAUUAAAUAUGGAUCUCAGGAGUUUGUCUGUUGCAAUAUUACACCGUUUUCGUCAAGAUGGUAUACGUCAAAACCCAUCUGUAAUAUCACAAGAUGGUAUAUCACCUUUUGCACCAACUGGCCAUGAAUUUUUUCGUCAUGCAAAAACACUUCGUUUUAUACAAGGAAAUGCUAUUUUAUUUCCUAAUAAUAGCAUUAGUGAUAUCGAAAGGUGCACACUACAUUUUAUGUUGUCAAGUAGUGUGAACAUCUUGGAAAGAGGUGACGAAGGAACUGUUUGUAGAUUUGCAAACAGUCCAUACAGAAACAUUAGAAGUAUUAACAGAAAUGAAACUGAUAAUUCAAAAAUUAAUGUUAAAGAUGUUGAAACUUUAUCACCGGAAGAAAUAGAAACAAUGACAAAUAAGAAAGACUCAACAGAAAAUGCAAUAGAUCCUAAUUCAUUGUAUCCAGAAUUGCCGCCAAAUCAUCCUGACAGAGGAAGAAUAUUUUCUCUACCAGUAUUAAGUAAAUGUCCCGUAGAGAAUGGAGUAAUUAAAACUCCUUGGGGAUCAAUUUCUGGUGGUCCACUUCUUGCUGGUAUAGCUGCAGCAGUACAGCCAGAAAAUAUUAUACUUCGAGAUGUAUUGAAAGAUGAAAUGCUACAAACUACAUUUUCAUCUGAUAUAACUUUAGAAAAUAAAUGGAUAGCUACAUUAGCUGGCGAUUUAGCUGAAGUUGCACUUAUACAAGGUCCUAGAGGAGAAACAUUACAAAUAGGAGUAAAUGGAAAUUGGAAUUCUACUGCAAUGCCACGUUGGUAUUUUCUAAAUGGAUUCGAAAAGCUUCAAUUUACGACUGCUGAGAUUAGAGGAGAUCUAGAUGGAUUAAUUCUUGCUAAUGAAAUUCAAUCGUGGUAUUCAAAAAUACCUAACUUACGUCUUUCACAAAUUGUGGAUAUGUAUUAUAGUGCUCCAGGCUUAUUUAAUUCUACAAUUCGAGCAUGUAAUCGUAGAUCCUUGUUUCGAUAUGUUGCACCUAAUUCUACAUUGUGUGCACAGGCAUAUAGAGCAUCUUUAGUGUUAAGUGAAAAUUUAGCAAGAGCAACCCUGCAAGCACCUAUUAUAGAAAAAUUUGCUGUUAAUGCUGCAAAUAUAUUAUCAACAUAUAUACCUUCAUCAAUGAACCAAGAUUUAGAAUGUCAAGAAACAGAUCGUUUAUUUGAUCAGACUACAGUCUCUGUGGAUUUAACUAUUAUUCUUGAUACAAAUUGGCCUUUUGAAUUUUUACAACCUAUACUCGCAUAUAUAUUAGACAAAAUUGACAUUAAUCAGUACAAUAGCAAUUUUACUAUACUUAACGGUUAUGAUGGAAAUACAAUGAUUAAUAGUACUAAUACUAUUUUAAAUUUCUACAGUUUUAAUUCAUCUCAUUAUACUAAUGUUACUAGAGGUUUAAAUCUAUCUAAGUCAAUUAAAAUGUUAAGAACUUUAGAGUACGAUAAGCUGAAUAGAGAGCGUAGUGAAGGUAUAGGAGGAAAACCAUCAAAUGUGGUAUUAAUAAUGCCAUAUAAUGCACAGUUAUUUCAAUCUGACAAAGAAUAUUGUAUAGAACAACUUAAAUAUAUGCGUGAAGAAAUUCCAGAUACUACCGUCCUUAUUUUAACUUAUGGAUCAAAAGAUACAUGGAUAAAUAUAGUAGAAAAUUCUGCAACAGAUUUGUUCUCAGUAGGGUUGGGAGAUACUAGAGAUACUUUGGCACCGCUUGAUAAAUUGAUUUCGAGAAUAAAACAAAUUCCUAAAAGGUUAAUUAAUACACAGUGUGGUGCAAAUUAUGUCCCACUUGGAUCUUCAAAUACAUUUGUGGAUUAUAUUCAACCACAUAAAAUUAAUUUUUAUAGACUUCAUCCUAAUUAUUUCUUUUCUCAUGAAACUACAGCUACAAUAAAGAUUCUAGGAUCUGGAUGGGGACCUUUAAGAGUAUGCACAUCAAGAAAUCUAUUACAUGUUAAUGCAACAGAAGCUAAUCAAGCUGCUUCUUGCAUGUCAAUAAACAAUAAUGAACAUAGUAUUUCAAUUUCUUGUGGUGAUGUUACUUUUAUUCAUGAAUGUCAACCAUUAUAUUUAUCUGUAGCUGUUAAUUCUUCUGAUAUAUCAUAUCAAUGCACAGAUAAAAACAAGUGUAGAUACCCACAUAUGAUAAAGUAUACUAUUUCAUACGAAAAUUUAGUAUGCACAAGUAAUGUAAAUAAUAUAGCAAUCAAUCCUAUUGUUUUGAUGAUAGUAGUAAUAUAUUGUCUUUUAUCAAAUAAUAGAUCUUAUUAAGAACA